GCGCCGCUCCUCUUUCUCCUCCUCCUGCGGCCGGGCAACAUGGUGGCGGAGGCGGCGCCGGGGGAGCCGUGAGCCGGUGCCCGCUCCCGGGGCACCCUGCUGGAGGCGGCCUCCUGGCGGGCGGGCCCGGCCCGGGGCGAGGGGAGGCGAGGCGAGGAGAGAAGAGGCGGAGCGGGCGAUGCCUGAGCCCGUGCGGGUGUGCCGGUGAGGCCGGGAGCGAGCGGGAAGAUGCUGCUGUCGCUGGUGCUGCACACCUACUCCAUGCGCUACUUCCUGCCCGCCGCCGUCAUGAUGGGCACGGCGCCCACCUACGUGCUGGCCUGGGGCGCAUGGAGGCUGCUCUCCGCCCUCCUCCCCGCACGCUUCUACCGCGAGGUGGACGACCGCCUCUACACCAUCUACCAGAGCAUGGUGCUCUUCUUCUUCGAGAACUACACGGGCGUGCAGGUAAUAAUCUAUGGAGAUUUGCCAAAAAAUAAAGAAAAUGUAAUAUAUUUAUCAAAUCAUCAGUGUACAGUUGAUUGGAUUAUUGCGGACAUGUUGGCAAUCAGGCAAAAUGCUCUUGGGCAUGUCCGGUACGUUUUGAAAGAUGGGUUAAAAUGGCUUCCAUUGUACGGGUGGUAUUUUUCACAGCAUGGAGGAGUCUAUGUAAAAAGAAGUGCCAAAUUCAAUGAAAAAGAAAUGAGAGAGAAGUUGCGGACCCAGAUGAAAGCUGAGACGUCGAUGUAUUUAGUGAUUUUUCCAGAGGGGACUCGUUACAAUCCAGAAAUACCAAGAGUCAUUGCAGAUAGUCAGUCAUUUGCUGAAAAAGAAGGACUUGCUAUAUUAAAGCAUGUGCUAACACCACGGGUGAAGGCAACUCAUGUAGCCAUCGACACAAUGAAGGACUACCUGGAUGCAGUUUAUGAUGUGACUGUAGCAUAUGAAGGUACCGUGGACCACAAAGGGCAAAGAAAACUGGCACCAUCUAUGACAGAGUUUCUUUGCAAGGAAUGCCCAAGAGUUCAUAUUUUCAUUGAUCGAAUUGAACUGAAGGAUAUUCCAGAAGAACAGAUAUAUAUGAGAAGGUGGCUUCAUGAACGUUUUGAAAUAAAGGACAAGUUACUAAUAGAGUUUUAUGAUGCGAAGGAUUCUAAAAGAAGAAAUAAAUUCCCGGGAAAAAGUGUUCAUUCCAAACUAAGCCUCAAGAAAACUUUGCCAUCCUUGCUGUUUUUAGGUGGCCUGACUGCUAGUAUGCUUCUGACAGAAUCUGGAAGGAAACUUUAUGUAAAAACAUGGAUAUAUGGGACAUUAAUUGGCUGCCUGUGGGUUAGCAUUAAACCAUAAGCAGAUGUUAGUCUCCAAUCAGUGGGAUGUGCUGUCUUUUCUUGCACAUUGCACCAAACUUUUUCCUGAAUUUAUAGUAAAAAAAUAAAAAAGUGUAAAUAAAGCCUUAUUGAUUGAACAUUGGAAAUAAUAGAAUUUGUGACUUAAGCCUCUGUGUGGUUGGUCUGGGGAAAAUAAAUGUAGUUUUUCAAAUUUGCUACCGGUUUUUGCUGGAAUAAUGGCAGAUAAACUGAGUCAUAUGAUACAUUGCUUUCCCCAUGAACUAACAUCCAUCUCUAUCUGCAGAUUCGAUGAAGUAUGAGUUACGCAUAAGGGUGUCUUAAGUGGACCUGUGAAUGUAUUUACAGAGAUUAAUUUAGGUUAUAUAUUUAUUCCUCUGGUAUUCAUGUUGAAUUUUCAGUACUCUUUGGUGCAUUGCAGCAGCCCAGUUGCAUCUAUCUCAGCUGUAUCACAACUAAAAUCAAAACUUGUUUUUCCUUUGGAAUUUUGCUUUUCAGUUUUAGCUAAAUACUGUGUUCUUGAAAAAAAGGGACUAGUAAGCUGGCAAAUCAUGAGAUGUUCCCUGAAGCAGAAUCCUGAGAACUCAGUUCCUGAGAACUACCAUUCAUGGGGAAGAAGCUCUGUUUAUCUAGUGCAUGAUUUUUGAUUAUAUUGCAGUAUUAGCUGAUUAUUUUACAUAUGCAAAACAUUAAAUCUUACAGAGCAAAUAGCUUAUUUUGCAUAUCCUGUAUUUGUGCAUAAAAGGAAUGUAUGCAGUAUACUGAAAUGUUUUUAUUUUGCAGCUUAACCGGACUGUAGCCUACCUUGUGUCUGCAUUGUCUGUAGCGUGUCGGGACUUUUGGCUGAGCUCACAGAAGUGUAGCGUCCAUGUGCCAUAAGCAGCAGUGAACACUCAGAAGUUUCCUGUUACCUCGCACUGUUCUGGAAGCAAACUGUGCCAUUUGGGUGAAGCACAGUCUCACUACAGCUUCAGGAGUAGGGGCUAUGGUAACGAGGAACCUUCAGGUAGCCCUGCAAAAUCUGAAGCAUGUGCCUUUUCCUACUAGUCUGAUUUAGCCUGAUGUUUCAUAAUCUGGCUGUCGUCUCAGUGUUGUAAUAUCACACACCAGGUUUUCAAGUCAUCCUAGGCGAUGCAGACUUAGGGUGGAUUGAAGUUAUGGGGGUUGAAGUGUAGGACUUGCACUAGUGUAGUAGCGAAAGAAAUGCAUAUCCUUUCAGUAUUUCACCUGCUUGAAAAUACACUUUAAAAAGCAAAAUCAACAAACCCUUACUACCAGAAAGUCUGUGAUUCCCAUGGCUGAUAUUUUUGUUGGGGAAAUGCCGUUUCCUGAUAUCAAGAGAAUAGUCUAUAUGUACAGUGAUGGGGUAGGAAAGAGGAUGUAUUUUAGCUUCUUCCAUUAAGAAAAUCAGACUCCCUGUAUGAAAGAAAUAGAGAAUAUUUUUAUAUCACACUUGCAAGCUUUAAAUGUGCAUCUCUUUUUAGCUUCACUAUGAUUUGUCUUGCAUUAAAGACCAUCAUUAAUUAAAAUAGGUCUCUUAAAAUUAGAACAGUUUUUCAGAUUCUGUCAUUGCCAAUUAAUUGGAGAUACUGCUUUUACUGUGGAUUUUGUUGCAGUUUUUCUUCUUAGAAUAGUUCCACCUUAAAAUCAUUCGGUACAACUUUCAGGUUGCAGUUCUGUGUCCUUCCAUAAUGGAUUUUGUCACUGGAGUUAUUUAUAUCGGUGAUUGAUUCAGGAUAUGUUGAUGAACUGUUUUAAAAACAAUGACUGGGAACAAUGCUGAAAAACAGUAUUGUUAUGAGGCUGUGAAACCAGAAAAAAAAAAAAAAAAAAAAAAGCCAUUUUAUGUAACAGCCAAAUGUGCUCACAUAUAGUUCUUCCUAUUCUCAGCUGACUGUUUCCAGUGGGUAUAACCAGAAGGCAGUGUUUCUGUGUUAGUUUGAUUUUGAAUCAUGGAAUGAAAUUUUACUUUGACAUGAUUAAAUUUCUUUGUAACAGCUAAGAAUAACAUUUAAUUAUACAUCAAAAAUAAAUGCAAACAGCUUAACUCAUUUGUAGAAAAAGAAAUGCUGUUUUGGAGAGCCUAAUUACCACAAACUAUUGGACCUCUCUUGCUGUUUAAGUACCAGAAAUAUAAUUGACGCGGUGCAACAAACAGGAUGUUUAUUUUGAACGUUACUCUCUAUGUUACUCUUUUUUUCCUUACAAUUAAUUUAUAAAUUUUUGAAACUGUAAUUUGCUGAUGUAUUUGGCAUUGGGAGUAUCACAUGCUAUUUCUAAAUAUGCACUGAUAUUAACUUGAAAUAUUUCUUCAUUAAAAUAAGAAGAGCCAAUGCUCAUUCAACUUUUC